UAUAAAAAGGCUCGAAAAGCUAGGAAACAUACACUGGAGCAGCAGCAGCUAGCAAAUCAAUCAAACCCCAUGGCUAUAACCCCCUCAUCUCUCAAUCAAUCGAUCUCAGAGAUUGAGUUGUUAUCCUGCCCGAUAUGCUAUGAACCGCUAUCACGAAAAGGCCCGCCUGGUUUAAUCAUGCAAUCAAUAUGUAGGUCAUCAUUCAAGUGCAAGAAAUGCUACAAAUCCUAUUCUACCAAACACAACUACUUGGACCUCACUGUUACUGCUGGAAUGAAGAAGUACGUUGAAGUUAAAUCAGUUGGGACCGAGUUAUUUAGGAGGUGGUUCAUGUCCUUCAUCUAUGAGAAAGGUUAUCGUCAAUUUUUUAAACGAUAUGGCUUCCCAGGUCCUGAUGAAGAAUUCAAAAUGGCUCAGAAUUACUUUAAACCCGCUGAAGAUGGUGUGAUAGUGGAUGUUAGCUGUGGGAGUGGUUUGUUCGCGAUGAGAUUCGCCAAAUCUGGGACCUAUUCUGGAGUUGUAGCACUCGAUUUUUCAGAAAAUAUGCUUCUUCAGUGCUAUGAUUAUAUUAAGAGAGACCCUGUACCUUUGGCUACUGAUCUCGUUCUUCUGAGGGCCGAUGUUUCUAGGCUUCCAUUUGCAUCAUGUUCAGUUGAUGCUAUCCAUGCCGGCGCCGCAUUGCACUGCUGGCCCUCUCCUUCCAACGCUAUUGCUGAAAUCACUCGUGUUUUACGAAGUGGUGGCAUCUUCGUUGGAACCACAUUUCUGCGGUCUAGUCUUUCAAGGACUUUCUGGAUAUUCAAACCCCUCAAUGAGAGGGUUCUUCCCAGUGGGAACUAUUCUACGGAGGAAGAGAUUGAGGAUUUGUGUACAUCAUGCGGUCUCAUAAACUACUCGAGCAAAAUUGAGAAAUCUUUCAUCAUCUUUUCUGCUCAGAAACCCUGACGAAGACUAGACAACAGGUUCAUUUCUCCAUACAAGGAAUGUGCCAUAAAGUUGUAUUUGGUAUAAUGAAUUUCAGGGAGUUAUAUCCCAAGGUUUUCUUUCAUUCUUGUAAUGUAAGCUACUUGAACCUAUUGAAACCGAAAAGAAAAGCUAGCUUUGACAAUAUUAUUUGCUGUGUUUAAAAGUAGGAGUGGAAAGAAAUGCGAGUGCCACUCCCCCAUUCUAGAUUCUAUGUUUUAGUUAUUUGGUGAGAAUAAAACCUUGCAAGAUUCUAUGAUCGGACAAGAUAUUUUACAAGACCUUUUUUUGU